AAUCAAUUUCAUCAUAAUUAAAACAUUUUGUAGACAAAAGAAACAAAAAUUAAAGAUGCAUUUGACCGAGAAAUGUCUUUCAUGGAUAGUGGUUGUAAAUCUGAUAGAAUCACAAAUACUAUUUUAUACAUGCUUGCAGUUGAUAAAAUGCCACUAUCAGCAGUCGAAAAUAAAGGUUUUAAAAAAUUAAUGAAAACAAUUGUGCCUCUGUAUAAAGUUCCAAGCAGGAGGACAGUAACUAGACUGCUUGAAGAUCGAUAUAAGACAUUAAAAAAUAAUUUUAUAGCUAAAAUCGACGGAGCUAUUUGUUACAGUCUUACUUGUGAUAAUUGGACUGACAUUACUAAUCAAAGUUACCUUGGUGUGACUAUUCACUAUCUAACAGAUGAAUUAAAAAUGAAGAGUGGCUGUAUUGGUGUUUUCCCUUUAUACAAAAAUCAUACUGCUGAAUAUCUCGCAAAAUCUUUAAAUACAAUUAUCAAAGAAUUUAAAUUAAAUUGUUCAAAAAUUACAGCGAUUAUCACAGACAGUGCAGCAAACAUAAAACUGGCGAUAGAAAAAACAGUGGGAAAGUAUAAACAUUUAGCUUGUUUUGCGCAUAUUUUGUCGCAUCUUGUACCGGACGCAUUAACCAGCAUGUCUGAUGCUCAAGAAAUUAUUCAUAAAGUAAAAAAGAUUGUCACCACUGUAAGGAAAAGCAUUGUUGCAUCAGAUGAACUAAAAAACUUACAGCUUCGUGAUGGAAAAACAGAAGGAACUGUAUUAAGAUUCAUACGAGACGUUCCAACGCGUUGGAAUUCUACACUAUAUAUGUUAGACAGAUUUCUUGAGUUAGAAAAGUAUGUUUACCCUGUGAUACUAAAAUGUGAGAAACCUUUGGAUAUGUUAAGACAUGACGAAAUCAAAACAUUAAAAGAAAUGAUAUCUAUUAUGAGACCAAUCGAACGUGCUAUCACAGAAAUUAGUGGAGAAGCAUAUCCAACGUGUAGUAUUAUUAUCCCUCUAGUGCGUUGUAUGAAUGUUACAAUUUAUUUUAACAAACCUGAUACACAAAUUGGAAUUACAUUUAAAGAAAAAUUACAAUCGGCAAUCAACAAUCGAUGUAAAAAUUUUGAAAAUAAUAAAAUAAUGAGCAUUGCAACCAUACUGGAUCCUCGUUUUAAAAAAUUACUUUGAAAAAUCUUUAGCCGCUGCAACUGCAGUACAGCAUAUUGAAUCGGAUUUAAAAAAAUAUAGAACAUUGAAAGAUCUACAAAUAGAUAGAGAGUUAAAUACUGAAAUUACUGUUAGGCAAUACAGUAAUUUAUGGGAUUUUCACGACAAUUUAGUAGCCAAAAAUAAUAACUGUACAGAAGAAUUAAAUGAAGUGAAACAAUAUUUAAAGCAACCCAUUAUUGAUCGAAAAGAAGAUCCAUUUGAAUAUUGGAAAUCCAUGAAUCAUAUUUUUCCAUCUUUAUAUCAUGAAGCAGUGAGAUACAUUAGUACAUUGGGUACUUCAGUUCCAUCAGAAAGAAUCUUCUCUCAAGCUGGUGAUAUAAAAAAUGAUGACCGAAGUAGAUUAACCGGCGAACAUUUAAAUAUGUUAUUAUUUCUCAGUUCGCUUACUGACGAAGAUUGGGCGUUGGAAUAAAAGUAUAAUAAAAUUUUCCACUGGAGGGGAAAACUAAUUCCAUUAAUUGAGUAAAAAUUUGUUAUUCAUCAGAUUUAAGAAUAAGUUUUUAACUUGUUUGCAAUUAAUAUUAAGAAUAUAAGUUUUUAACUUGUGUGCAAUUUAUGCUAAACGUAUUAUAUGUGUUAUAUUGUUUUAAGAUUAAAAUAAUACAUAAGUUUGUUUAAACACUGAGCAAAAUAUAGAUUAGCUCGUAAAUAUUAAUACCGUUAUUAUUUCUUAGGUCGCUUAUUAUCAAAGACUGAAUAUUAAAAUAAACAUAAUCUUAAUUUUUUUAUCUCAGUAAUAUAUUUUGUCGAUGACAUAGUUCUAUUAAAUAAUUUUAAAUAUAUUAUUUCUAAUGUAUUUGUUGUUUCAUUAAUUAAAUACUGUAUAAAAUACAUGUCUUGUUAAAACAUUGCAUCUGUUCUUUAAUUCUUAAAUUUUUAUUAAUUCCAUAUUUAUUUCAAAUAAUCUAAAAACAUCGUAAGAUUACAUUAAAUAUUUUAUUAAAUAUUGGAUAUUGUGGCGACAUAAAUCGAUAGUCACCACACUAAGCGCCUAACAACCGCGCAACCCGUCUGACACAGUAAGAAUUUCGACUGUAAGAAAAGUGAAGUGCGCGCGGACGCCACCAGAGGCCAUCUUAUCUCAAGAGUAAGAUGACGACUUCUGGGCUUUAUAAGGAGCACGGGAAGACGGACGAAUCACUCUUUGCGUACUCGCACUCGAGUCUCUUUUUGGCUGAUACGAAGAUAUUACCAUCUCUCGUAUACAACGCUAGAGAGCACGCUGGCUACCAAGGAGCAGCCGUGGGACCCCGCAGUUGCUGUGAUCUCACCAUUACGGAGGACCAGACCGCCGAGGGUACUAUUGGCCGCCGACGACCCACGGAUUUGGCGCUAUACUUCACCCAGGUACCUGCUGCCGGAUUUAUUAGAAAGCCUGGCAAGGGAGACCAGCACCCGAGGUACCCAGACGGAGGACACGACCUGGGAGAAUCGAGCGACGCAGACCAUCGCCCUACCAGCGACAAGAGACCACGGUACGCAACACGAAGGCAGCAGCACGGGUCAGGCCAAGACGCCAACGGGAACCAGCCAAAUCCGUGACAAGCCGACAGGACGCCUUCACAGGGAGAAACACGCUACCAAGAGGAAGGAAAAACGAUCUUCCAAGAAGAGGAGAGCCGCGGACAACCAGGUUCCGGAGAUAACGUCCACACUAUCCCUGGACGAAAAUAACAACGCCAGUGGAGUACGAGUGACAAAGACACAACCACCAAUAGCGUGGAGACCGCGGGAGGCUUAAUACCAGCACUACCGGCCCUUGUCAGGGCCACCAAAUAAAUCACAAACACAAAGACUCUGUACAAAUAAGAGAUACAUACAAAAUAAAUUAUUUAUUUAAGGGGAAACCUGUGUACUUCUCUUCACGCAUCAUAUUCCUCUGCGUACAAUUAACUGCGAGCGAACAACACGCCCACAGAUAUCAUUUGUAAAAUAUUAAAUGUAAGUGUGAAUCUCUCAUAAGACUAAUUAAUACACAUUUGUCACACAAUACAUUUUUCAAGCUUGUUAACUGACUAUGAAAAGAAAAUGAUAAAAAUAGACAAUUAUAAGGUUUUGAUUAAUAAAAUUACAAAAUAUAAUAAA